CAAUGGGCUCGGGGCAAGGUGGCGGGUCCUCUGGGCUGGCUCCUCCCCUGCAGGGUUCGGGUUUCGUAAACUGAGACCCGAGACCUUGGGCGGUUCUUCCCCCCCCGCCCCCGCCCCGGACCGCGCCGGGUGGGGAACGGUUGUGGUCGAGGUGAAAUCUGUCUAGGAAGUGAAGUCCCUGCCGUCGCGGGGGGCCCCCGGGGCCGUGACGUGAUGACGUGAAGACGCGCGGGGCACCCGGCCAGGCCAUCGGCGGGACCAGAAUCCGUUUGCGGGUCUGGAGGGCGGCGAGGAGUAACGCGGUGGAGGCACGGCGGGGGUGCCCGUCGACGUCUGCUGCGGCCCCCGGUACCUGACAUCGCCGCGGAGCCCUGGCGGGGGGCACCCAGGCCUCCCUUUCUCCUGUCACCCACGUGCACCCCGGCUGGCCAGGGGACCCCGGGUACACUUGGGUUCCCCACCCCCGUUGCCGUCUCUCCCGGCGCGCCGCCUAACGUGCCCCGAGCAGCAGAGGCUGCAGAAGGGGCUUCGGGAAGGGCACCGCAGCCCAAGGUCCAGAAGCAGAGCUAGGAGGGCUAACCACUGACCCAUUUCCCAGAAUAUUUCAUGCACUUAUGGACCAAAAGAUGAAGUUUGUUUUAUUCUUAAAAAGAUAUUUUCAAUAACUUAAUACAAUUAUAAAGUAAUCGCUGAGAAGAUAUUUUCAUUGACAACUAUAAAAUCAUCAUCAAGAUGCAUGAACUCACCAUUAGUUUGGACUAGAGAUCACUUCUGAAAAUUUCUACGAAUCCAGUUUUUUUGUUGUUUAUUUGAUAAAAUUUAUUUUGAGGACUUUAUGUUUAUAAACAACACCAAGAGAUGGGAGAAAAAAAUGGUGAUGCAAAAGCUUUCUGGACAGAACAGGAAGGUAAUGGAAAAAUAGAUUUCAUAUUUGAACAAGUACAAAGUGUGUUGCAGUCACUAAAACAGAAGAUCAAAGAUGGAUCUGCCACAACUAAAGAAUAUAUUCAAGCAAUGAUCCUAGUGAAUGAAGCAACUAUAAGUAAUAAUUCAAUGUUGAUGAAGGAUCAUGUGUCUGUGAUCCAGAAUGUACAGAAAAAUAAGCCUAGUUUAUUACCCUCUACAUCACACAAAGACUUCUUUCCAGAAGAUUCUGCGUCUCUAUCUACAAAUAAUAAAGAAAGUCUCUAUCUGGAAAAUAAAAUUGCACACACGAGAGAAAAAGAAGCUGCUUUGAAUUUAUCUUACCAAAGUCAUAGCUGCUCUGGUGCCUGUCUGAUGAAAAUGCCACCAGCCUUCAAAGGUGAAAACCCUCUGCAGCUCCCCAUCAAAUGCCACUUCCAAAGACAGCACGCCAAGACAAACUCACACUCUUCAGCUCUCCAUGUGAGUUACAAAACCCCUUGUGGAAGGAGUCUACGGAACAUGGAGGAGGUUUUUCGUUACCUGCAUGAGACAGAGUGUAACUUUUUAUUCACAGAUAACUUUUCUUUCAAUACGUAUGUUCAGUUGACCCGGAAUUAUCCAAAGCAAGAAGAAAUUGUUUUUGAUAUGGAUAUUAGCAAUGGCGUGGAAUCAGUGCCCAUUUCUUUCUGUAAUGAAAUUGACACUCGAACGCUUCCACAGUUUAAGUACAGAAGGACUAUGUGGCCACGAGCAUAUUAUCUAAACAGUUUUUCCAACAUGUUCACUGAUUCAUGUGACUGUUCUGAAGGCUGCAUAGACAUAACAAAAUGUGCAUGUCUUCAAUUGACAGCAAGGAAUACCGAGACUUGCCCUUUGUCAAGUAAUAAAAUAACCACUGGAUAUAAAUAUAAAAGACUCCAGACACAUAUACCUACUGGCAUUUAUGAGUGCAGUUUGCUGUGCAAAUGUAACCGAAGACUGUGCCAGAACCGAGUUGUGCAGCACGGACCUCAGGUGAGGCUCCAGGUGUUCAAAACUGAGAAGAAAGGCUGGGGCGUCCGCUGCCUGGAUGACAUCGACAGAGGGACCUUCGUUUGCAUUUAUUCAGGGAGAUUACUAAGCAGAUGUAACACUGAGAAACCUGUUGCUGUAAGUGAAAAUAGGAAAGAAGAGAAAAUUAUGAAAAAUUCACUUUCAAAAAAACGGAAAAUAGAAGUUGCAGAUUCUGAGAUUGAAGUUAUUCCAUUGGCAUCAGAAACACCUAUAAGUGCAAAAAUUGGGGAGUAUCCACCUAAUUUAAAUAACAGUCCAAAAGAAACAGUCACAGAAAUAAAAUGUGACACUGCUUCAAGAAUUCAGUAUCAUUCAGUCAUUAGAAGUCCUAAAGCGAAGACAAUAAGCAUUCAACGCCAUGAGGAAAAGAUGAACUUGAAGAACUCUCCCUUGUUUCCUUCUAAGGGAUUUGCCUCCUCAGAGUCUGUCUCCUCAGAAGAUAGUGAUGGAUUUAUACCAACCCAAGUAUAUCUGAAUUCUAAAGCCAAGGAAAUGAAAAAGGAUGCAAGCUCAACGGAAACAGAGGAUUCUGAAGACAGCCUGGUGACUGAAUCAGAUGUGAUAGAUAUGACUAUAUGUAGAGAAGAAAUUCCCCAAAGGUUUCUAUGUAAUAAUCAAACAAUGGAUAAUAGGAAUAUUAUAAAGAAGUUGGAUGUUCAAAUAGAAAAGCCCCAUGAGGAACAAUCUCCAGCAUGUCAGAAUCAACAGGCCUUUCAUGAUGCAGAGCUUCCAGAUGAAACCAACAAUGACAUGUCACCUGGUUCCCUGAAGAGGUCAGAGAACAAGAUCGAGUUCCUGCUGGAUGCCAGGAGAGAAGGCAAUGUGGGCCGCUUUCUCAACCAUAGCUGCUGCCCAAAUCUUUUGGUACAAAAUGUUUUUGUUGAAACACAUGACAGAAAUUUUCCACUGAUGGCAUUCUUCACAAACAGGUAUGUGAAAGCAAGAACAGAACUAACAUGGGAUUAUGGUUAUGAAGCUGGGACUAUGCCUGAGAAGGAAAUUCUCUGCCAAUGUGGAUUUAAUAAGUGUAGGAAAAAGAUAUUAUAAAUAUGUAGUCAUUGCCUGCUGGUGAAAUGAACAUACCAAGCCGAAAUUAGAGCCACAUGGGAGCACACGCAAACAGGAAUUCCUUCUCGGUCUGACAAGAAUUACUCUCAGUUUUCCCUUGUUUGUGAGGGCUUCACAAAUACAGACUUUCAUAAACUUAGAAUAUCCCUUUAUUCUUACUGUUAUUUAACUUCACAUGGGUAAGAUAAAAGUGUAUUUUAUGUGAAAAUUCAUUGUACAGUUUGUAACUUAUUUGUAAAUUAUAAAGAGCUAGAAUUCAAGUA